AUGCAUAAACUUCUGCACCAAUCCAUUGUCACCGCCAACCGGUUCCCACGGGUUGUGCCGGUGUUGGCCACCCGUGGCGUCGUAUACGAGGUGUCGCCGACCGGCGAGAAGACAGUUAUCAACAAAUACGAGGGCAGGAAAUCUCUGAAGGAGAAGUGGCAGAGAGUGCGACCCAUGGGUUAUGAGCCACACUUCCGCAAGAUUAAGAGGAUUGAAAUGGAUGAACGACUCGAAUCUGAUCCACGAGUGGCCAGACAUACGGCUGAAUCCAAACUCCAGUCCAUGAAAGACUCGCUCCUCAACAGAGGGUGGGAUGAGAUCCAAGAUUUUUCUGCAGAGAAACCAAACCAUACGAUCCUCCCGAAGACGUGCAGACUGUCAUCGAAGGUGUUUGUCGUGAAGUCAUCCCAAACGAAG